AUGCGCCUUAGGCAUGAAAUCCUCGACGGUCGUAAAAGAGACGAUAAAUCCUGCCGUAAUCCCCAGCGCGAGGGGGAUUUACGGUCCUCUCAACGAGCCAUCAAUCAGUCGCCGGCAACAUUUUUCUUAACCCAAUCCAUGUCAUCAACUAUGCUUCAUAAAGUCAUCAAUCGAGAGCUAAAACAUUCAGAACACGAGUGCCAGACUCGUCACUCACGAGUGCCAGACUUGUCACUCAGGAGUGCCAGACUCGUCACUCAGGAGUGCCAGACUUAUCACUCAGGAGUGCCAGACUUGUCACUCACGAGUGCCAGACUCGUCACUCACCAGUGCCAGACUUGUCACUCAGGAGUGCCAGACUUGUCACUCAGGAGUGCCAGACUCGUCACUCAGGAGUGCCAGACUCGUCACUCAGGAGUGCCAGACUUGUCACUCAGGAGUGCCAGACUCGUCACUCAGGAGUGCCAGACUCGUUACUCAGGAGUGCCAGACUCGUCACUCACGAGUGCCAGACUCGUCACUCAGGAGUGUCAGACUCGUCACUCAGGAGUGCCAGACUUGUCACUCAGGAGUGCCAGACUCGUCACUCAGGAGUGCCAGACUCGUCACUCAGGAGUGCCAGACUUGUCCCUCAGGAGUGCCAGACUCGUCACUCAGGAGUGCCAGACUCGUCACUCAGGAGUGCCAGACUUGUCACUCAGGAGUGCCAGACUUGUCACUCAGGAGUGCCAGACUUGUCACUCACGAGUGCCAGACUCGUCACUCAGGAGUGCCAGACUCGUCACUCAGGAGUGCCAGACUUGUCACUCAGGAGUGCCAACUUGGGAGAAAAAUUCAAAUUCCCCCCGAGAGUUCCAGCCCCCGAGAGUUCCAGCCCCCAGAGUUCCAGCCCCCAGAGUUCCAGCCUCCAGAGUUCCAGCCUCCAGAGUUCCAGCCUCCAGAGUUCCAGCCCCCGAGAGUUCCAGCCCCGAGAGUUCCAGCCCCCGAGAGUUCCAGAACCCGAGAGUUCCAGCCCCCGAGAGUUCCAGUACCCCAGAGUUCCAGUACCCCAGAGUUCCAGCCCCCAGAGUUCCAGCCCCCCAGAGAUCCAGCCCCACCAUAGUUCCAGCCCCCCAGAGUUCCAGCCCCGAGAGUUCCAGCCCCGAGAGUUCCAGCCCCGAGAGUUCCAGCCCCGAGAGUUCCAGCCCCCGAGAGUUUCAGCCCCCGAGAGUUCCAGCCCCCGAGAGUUCCAGCCCCGAGAGUUCCAGCCUCCAGAGUUCCAGCCCCCGAGAGUUUCAGCCCCGAGAGUUCCAGCCCCCGAGAGUUCCAGCCCCGAGAGUUCCAGCCUCCAGAGUUCCAGCCCCCGAGAGUUUCAGCCCCGAGAGUUCCAGCCCCCGAGAGUUCCAGCCCCCGAGAGUUUCAGCCCCGAGAGUUCCAGCCCCCGAGUGUUUCAGCCCCGAGAGUUCUAGCCCCGAGAGUUCCAGCCUCCAGAGUUCCAGCCCCCGAGAGUUCCAGCCCCGAGAGUUCCAGCCCCGAGAGUUCCAGCCCCCGAGAGUUUCAGCCCCGAGAGUUCCAGCCCCGAGAGUUCCAGCCCCGAGAGUUCCAGCCCCGAGAGUUCCAGCCCCCGAGAGUUCCAGCCCCGAGAGUUCCAGCCCCGAGAGUUCCAGCCCCGAGAGUUCCAGCCCCCGAGAGUUCCAGCCCCCGAGAGUUCCAGCCCCCGAGAGUUCCAGCCCCCGAGAGUUCCAGCCCCCGAGAGUUCCAGCACCCGAGAGUUCCAGCCCGAGAGUUCCAGCCCGAGAGUUCCAGCCCCGAGAGUUCCAGCCCCCGCGAGUUCCAGCCCCGAGAGUUCCAGCCCCGAGAGUUCCAGCCCCCGAGAGUUCCAGCCCCGAGAGUUCCAGCCCCGAGAGUUCCAGCCCCCGAGAGUUCCAGCCCCCGAGAGUUCCAGCCCCCGAGAGUUCCAGCCCCCGAGAGUUCCAGCACCCGAGAGUUUCAGCCCCGAGAGUUCCAGCCCCCAGAGUUCCAGCCCCGAGAGUUCCAGCCCCGAGAGUUCCAGCCCCGAGAGUUCCAGCCCCGAGAGUUCCAGCCCCCGAGAGUUCCAGCCCCCGAGAGUUCCAGCCCGAGAGUUCCAGCCCCCGAGAGUUCCAGCCCCCGAGAGUUCCAGCCCCGAGAGUUCCAGCCCCGAGAGUUCCAGCCCCGAGAGUUUCAGCCCCGAGAGUUCCAGCCCCCGAGAGUUCUAGCCCCCGAGAGUUCCAGCCCCGAGAGUUCCAGCCCCCGAGAGUUCCAGCCCCCGAGAGUUCCAGCCCCCGAGAGUUCCAGCCCCGAGAGUUCCAGCCCCGAGAGUUCCAGCCCCCGAGAGUUCCAGCCCCCGAGAGUUCCAGCCCCCGAGAGUUCCAGCCCCCGAGAGUUCCAGCCCCGAGAGUUCCAGCCCCCGAGAGUUCCAGCCCACCUUAA